CGGAAGUGUAGCUAGCAGUGUGCUGACUUCGGCAUCAACGACCGCCACCGGAGCUGUUCCUUCCUUCAGUGACGCCGACCUUCGCCACUGUCUCCAUCCUCAAGCAAGUUUAACGAUCUUGAUGCUGUCGACUAGGAAACAACAAACACUCCCUUAACGACAAGUUUGAAGCCUGCUCGUCUACCGCUGUGCAUCAUGUGGAGGAAGGCUUCAGUGGCGGCCCUCUUGGCGCUGGCGGUUGGCUACCUCUACCACGGCGGCCCUGACUUGCCUGAGCAGCUACUCCAGUACGUCAGCCUGCCCAGCUUCCAAUCAUCCCCACAGAGCCAGCGGCAACUGGAGCGGGUCAUUUCCGAUGCCUGGGACUCGCUGAUCGCAUUGCCCAGGCGGCAGUGGGGCCGAGUGGCUGUCGGUGUGAACGCCUGUGUGGACGUGGUGGUGUCAGGCGUGGGCCUUCUACAGGCGCUGGCCGUGGAUCCCGGCAGCGGCCUGGAUCACGAAGUCCUGCACUCCAAAGAAGACCUGAAGGAAGCCUUCAUCCACUACAUGGAGCGCGGGGCAGCCGCCGAGCGUUUCUUCAGCGACAAGGACUUGUUCCAGAGGAUCGCCCGAGCAGCUGCAGAGUAUCCCAGCGCCAAGCUGUAUGUUGGAGGGAACGCCGCCCUCAUUGGUCAGAAGCUUGCGACCUAUCCAGAUCUCGUGGUUCUGUUAUGUGGGCCAGUUGGACCUAGACUCCAUGAGAUGCUGGAUGAGCAGAUUGUUGUUCCGCCCGGUUCCCUCCAGGAGACGGAUGAAUAUCAUCUCAUCCUGGAGUACAAAGCGGGUGAGCAGUGGGGUUCAACUCGAGCACCUCAAGCUAACCGCUUUAUCUUCUCGCACGACGUGUCCAACGGUGAGAUGAGCUCGCUGGAGACAUUUGUGGCGAGCCUGGAGGAGUUUCAGCCAGACCUGGUGGUCCUGUCUGGGCUCCACAUGAUGGAAGGCCAAGGCAGAGAGUUGUGGGAGGAGCGUCUCAAAGAGGCAGUGGCGGCCAUAUCAGACAUUCGUAAGGACAUUCCCAUCCACUUGGAGCUGGCCAGCAUGACGGACAAAGACUACAUGAACAGCAUCAUGCAGGAGCAGUUCAUGCCCAUUGUCAGCUCCAUCGGGCUGAAUGAGCAAGAGCUGCUGUUCCUGUCGCAGGCCGGCGGCGGGCCCCACGCUCAACUGAGCGCCUGGAAGGGCGUCCCCGAUGUGGGCCAGGUCAGCGACAUCCUCCUGUGGAUUCUGGAGCGCCACGGCCGUAGCGACCCCUCAUCGGAGGCCGAGCUGACUCGUGUCCACUUUCACACGCUGGCCUACCACAUCCUGGCCACGGUGGACGGCUACUGGGGCAACCAGGCGGCAGCGGUGAUGGCGGGAGCUCGGGUGGCCAGCAGUCAGGCAUGCGGUGUGCAGGCGGUGGACGUCAGCAAGGUGGAGCUGAAGGCGCCACUCCACUUUCACAGCUCACACUUUGAGCCUCGGGAGUCGCUGUCCCUUGACCCGGCGGCUCCGGUAACGGCGUGGCGUCGGGGAAACAUCACAUUCCACCUGACGCCAGUGUUGGUCUGCAAGCAGCCGCUUCGGACAGUGGGACUCGGUGACGCCAUCUCAGCAGAGGGACUGGUUUACUCGGAACUCAAGAGCCAGCAGCCCUUCUGAGGUUGUUUGCAGUCGGACUAUCCACGUGAGCUCACUUCCGCGUCUUCCUCUGCGGUUCCAAUCCUGCCUGUGGACACGUCCCGCCUGCCUCCGUCGUCUGCCAGGUGUCCGCGCGUUGACACAAACUGAGCAUGUUCCACGAUGGUGGGUGAAUUCUAUGCAUAUGAUGGGCGCCAACAGGACAUCUUUAGUUGAAGUGGCUCACCAAUUUUAGCUGAGUAUGGUGUGCCUUCACAUAAGUCAAUAUAUUCACAUUUCAGGGCCAAAUGAAGGCUUUGUCCGCACAAACACACACAUUUAAAAAUAUUUUUAUUUCAUUUUCUGUUUUUGUUUCAUAUCACCUCCGUCCUACAAAAAGCAAGUAUAUGUUUUUUUCAUAAUGGGUCUGAAAAACCAACCAAAAUCAGAAAACUAGGUCAUUUUGAGAUACAGUGGCCCCUCCAAAGCAAAACGUCCCAUAGGAUAUAAUAGAAAUAAUCAGUUCAUAAAUCAUCAUUCAUAAACCUUCAUUAGCCUUUAUAGUUUUAAGUCACAUUCUUAACAUUAUGAGUGUACAAAUUAACCACUGUUCAUCUUAAUAAAAAACACACACACACACACAAAUAAGACCACUUUUGAUGAUAAUGGCCUGGGAUAAGGAACAGCAUUGCAGAUUGCAAAGACAUUUUUGGUUGAACCCUAAAUUAAAACAUCUUUUGGGACGUUUGAGGUUCCAAGGAACCUGCUUUUUAAAUUGAACAGUGGUGAUUUGCAGAAAAUAAUUAACCAUUUGCCACUGCCACUGCGUUUGCACUAUGCAAAUCUUUCCAAUUGGAUAACAGCACCCAGCAGAUUACACAGCGCCACCUGGUGCUUUGGCAUGCACAUAACAAUACUGUACCUGCCAUACAUGAGGACAUUGCCUGCAAAUAUUCACAUCUACAUGGACUGAACAUCGUUUUUACUUGUUGAAUGUCUUGCUUUUGUUUGUUGCGUUUAUGUAGUAAAAAAAAAGUCAUGGCAGGACUUUUUUCCAACUCCUUAACUUCUUAUAAAGAUGUGACAUUUUUUAGACGAUCAUUUUCCCCACUUUAAAGGUAAAGAUGCAAAUCACAAAGCGUCAUUGUUUGUUUUUGUUUUUCACAUCAUUGUCAUUGUAUUACGAUUGACAUUUGACAAUGAUUUGCAUACCAACUGCGUCUGACGGAAAUUAUUUUUAACAUAUUCUUGUAGUAAAAUGGAAAACUGCAAGAACAUCGUCUAUGAUUCACAUGUUACAUUGUGCAUUUUUUUCAUUAUUUGCUCAUGUUUGGAAAGGCUGGAAUCAUGUUCCUUUGUCCUGUGUGUGGUCCAUGUUUUCCCCAGUACCUCAUACAGCCGAUGAAGGCAUUUAAUGAAGCAGUCUUAAUGCAACAUAUGACAGAGGCAUUUUGCUCAACACAUUGGAUUGUUUGCACUAGUGGAAAGAAGGCGGGAAGGUGAAUGUAACCCCGCCCCCUCAUAUGAAGUACAGUCUAUGGUGUUGGUAGCUUAUGUUAACAUUUCUGUCAUUUACCUUAAAUAUGUCAUUAAAAUGUUCAUGUCUCUACCAGUUUGUC